CAACGAUCCCCAACAAAAUAUGUCAACAUCAUCAAUGUCUUCAAAGCAACAGCCGCAUUCAAAUAAGGUCCGCGUGACUUUGUUCUCGCCCUGUACAUACCAGAAUGUCCGUUGAACACACCACCCCCGAGUCGACGCUCUUUGGAAUAGCUUUUUGCAUCGGUGUUUCAACACUUGUUGCGUUGGGAUCUAAUCUUCUUGGACCGUACUUUGAAGAGAAGCACCGACUUAUUGACCAAGCUCGGGAGUUUGAGAUGACACGCCAGAGAGUUUCAGCGGAAGCCGAAAAACAAAAGCCUGCCGAACAAGUAUCGUCUUCCUCCACCGAUGACAAAACAAUCACUCGCCUUCGGAACCGGGUCAUGCACCUUGAACGACAGAAGGAAGCCCUAGGAGAUGAAAUUAUACGUCUCCGUGCCGAAAGCUCGACAGCAAGAAUUGAACUGGAUAUAUACAAGGAAGAAGCCAAAGAUGUGCAGGCAGGCAUGCAGCGAGAGAUGAGCAUUCUUCGCGACAUGAUACGUGAUUAUCGGAAUGGGAAGAAGCCUGGGGUGUGCUGCACUGCUCUUGACGAAAAGAUAGUGAAUGGUCCACCUAUUAGCGCCGAAGCACCUGGUGCAUUCGAUAGGCUUGCCACGAAGCUGGACAACUUGGACAGGACAAAGCUGGUCCACUCUUUUGGCCAGACGGUUCAGGUCAAUAAGGUUCCGGAUGUUGCUGCUUAACGCAGUUAUACACAGUAGGCUUGGGUCAACAUAGCCGGGAGAGAAUAGGCUCGUGCGGAUUUGCCAAUGCUCGACAGUGACGAAAAUCAAUAUGAGUCUAUUGAUGCCCUUGAUGGCGAGGCCAUUAUGUUUCGUCUCUAUAGGUUUUGCUUAAGGUGACUUGAACAGACUUGAGUAUGCAUUUGGACAAAUGUCCAGGUGAAAAAAAAGCACAAGAAACACUAUUGGUAUUAUAUGAGAAUUAUCGCUACAGUUUAACUAUCUGGGAAUGAGUGAACAAGA